AUGGCAGCUGUGGGACCAGAAAUGAUGGUACUUCUGUUCGUGAUCGGCUGGGCAAUAUCUUCUGGAACUACCUUGAUUCUGUUUAGUGCGGUGGCGGAAUCCAGGAGCCAGCCCGACCUAGUCAUGUCGAUCUCCUCGCGGCUCCUCAGCGGCUCUUCGCCUCUGCAUGGCCUCGUCUCACCCCAGGCACUGGGCACGGGGCCGGAUCCGCAUGCUCUUCUCCCGUCACCUGCUCCAGGGGCUCUGAUGGAGCGGAAGCGGAGCACCUCAUUCUAUGACUACAAAGACCGGAAGAGCAGAGAGGGUGCCCGGGCUGCGCGCUCAACUCCACUCCUGGGUCCCUCCUACGGGGACCUUCUGGCCAUGGUGCUUCCUCCAAAAUUCAUGAGUCUGUUGGACCUCGUUCUGCUCGUGCACCAGCAGCUGGCUUUGACAGUGUACUUUUUGUUCAUCUCCGAGUUUCUGGCAAAGCUUCCCUACCUCUCGGACGUGCCUCCAGACCUCACCAUCCUUGUCCUCUCAGUGCCAGCAACAAAGCUGGCUCAGCUGGAGUCGAUUGGAAAGCUUGCCAGGGUGGCAAGCAUCAGCCCCGCAGUCCUGCUUUUCAUGAUGUUUGGAGUUUGCUACCGAUGGCUGCAUCCUGACGCACAUAUGGCACGACCAGAUUUUUCCCUUGAACCCGACUUGAGGACCACUCCAGCAGUGAUGUGCAUUGCAGUCUUCUCAUACAUGUGGCACACCAACUGUGUCACAGUUGCCCGCGAGCUGCGAGAUCCAUCACAGUUCCGCUGCUGCUUAGUCGUGUUUACGUCAACUACAGUGCUGCUGGUGGCUUAUACCUCGCUGGCAUACUUUGGUUAUGAGACAUUUGGUCAGAAACUACGAAGUGUUCCAACGAUCAUGAUGCUCUAUUCCCCCAGCGACCCUCUCUUCAUGGCGGUGCGCUUCUUUCUAUCAAUCUCACUCUUUGUGGCAAUCCCGCUGAACGUAUACCCCGUCCGGGAGUCGGUGCUGAGCCUGAUAAAGCACAACUGCAGCAAGCAGGCUCAUGACAGAUCGGUUGAGUACCAGGGGCUCCUUAGCGUAGUUCUUGUGAUGGUUCCUGCGUUUUGCGCUAUUUGUUUUCCGUACGUGACGCAGAUCAUCACGGUGAUAGGAGGCACCUUAGUGUCAUUUUUAAUGAUUGUGUUUCCCAUUUUUAUUGGUGAGCUUGUGCUACCCAUGGCUUGGGUGCGAGUGUUUCAACUCCUCACCUUGGCAUUCGUGCCGCAGUUGAUCGCAGCUUCCUUGGGAUGGUACGGUAAACCUAUCUAG